CAGCAUCAGCCGGAGGGUAGGGGACCGUACAUAUAAAGGAGAGAGCCCCGUACUCCGGGGGCCCAGUACCGUUCAAAGAUGCAGGCUGCCGGGACGUUGCGUGGCACCAGGAUCAUCUCCUUUCUGGUGUUGCUGGUACCUCUCAUUGGCUAUGCCUAUUCGAGUCCUCUUCAAUAUUUACCUAACAUCCCUGGCUACGUUCCGGUUUACAUAAGAUACGGAGACGAGCCGUUGGAGCAUAUAAAUCCCGAGUUGGCCGAAGCUUUCGGGGAGGCAUCGAGUUCGGCUAAGCUAGACCGUACGCUCGCUCACGUGUCCAACAGCUUUAAGGACAACGACAUAGACGCGCUUUUAGAAGAGUCCGCGGGAGAGCAUGCUUAUCCGCUGCGCGUUCGAGCAACGGAAAGUCGCUCGUUCGCCACUGUCGGCGACAAUGAGCCGACCAACAGGAACAGGCCGAAGCUUUUGACUAUUUAUGAAUUACCCGAUGAUAAUGAGAACAGACGAAAUCGCAGGCGUAACCGACUCAGAAACAGGCCGAAAGAACAAAGCCGAAGAGCACCCGCGUUCAAGGUCAGCCCAUUGUCCGAUGCGGAGAAAGAGGAGUUGGAAAAACUAGCGAUCGAAGUUGAAAAGGAAGAGACUAAACCAAAUGAACUCUACGCUCCGAGUUCCAAAUCUUCCCAAUUAUCUCACGCGAUGACACGCAAUCGACAUAAGGCGCACAAGUUUGCCGCGCCCAUCAAAGUGCAGGAUCCACUCGACGAAUCCUCGCCGGAUCUCCCAGAAAUCAAUUCUCAAGUUGAGGAUCUCGCGAAAUCUUCGAACGAUUGCAACACUGCUACAUCUAAAGCAGAUACAAUUUCUUCUGUUGAUCUGCUAGACAAAAGCGAGACUACAUCUAGAGCUGGUAAAAGGGAGCCGCCUAUCAAGGAGCAACGUCCAGCCACCAUUUUGUCGAAUGUAGAUAAAAUUUCGCCUAUCGAUUUGCCGGACGAAAACGCACCCAAGGAGGAUAAAACGAGAAACUCCACAGAGGCAAACGACGAGGUUGCGAUGGAGUAGGCGACCAUCUUUAGGCCAAAUUCUUUUAUAACUUAUUUGUUGUAGUAAUACAAGGUGUGCCAGAGAUCAUCCGCGUUUUCUUUCGUCACCUAUCGCUUGAUGAAUUUGGAGGCGAGUUUCCUUAAAGGAAAAUUUAUGGGAAGCUACAAUUUGUUCCAUACAGCAUAAGUAUCUAAAAGACAUUUUAGAGGCGUCUGAAAGAUAUUCUCCAUGUUUUAAAUGUUUUUAGAUAUGUUUCUGAGACGUAUUUUAGACAUUUGUGUUGUAGAGUCGAAAACUGAAAAAAUUUGUUGGAUAUAAAGUUUAUUUCUAUGUGUGUGUGGAUAAAUUUUAUAUCUUACAAAUAAAUAUUUAAAUAUUUCUUUCUGCAAUAUCUUAAUCUUCGAUAUCAAAUAGAUAACUGAGCAUACUUGUCUAAGAUUUAUUAUUUUUUUACGUCAUUAUAACAUGAUUAAGAGCUUCUCAUCAAAUUUGCCAUAAAGGAAGAACUUGAUACAAAUUCGCCGAAAGGCAUGUAGCUGAAGAGAGAAUAGCGUGAUCGAUUAUGCAUAUAUCCUAUGUAUUACAAAGAAAUAAAUUCCAGAUAGAAGCCACUUGCGUAAAGAAGCAACAUUUCUAUGAGUUUUAGUUUUGUAAUUUAUAACGCGAUGACCUAUUUGAGAUGUCGCUAAGGAUACACUUCAUUGCACAGUGGACAUUACGGUCUCAUUGGUGACUGUUACUGCUUUGCUACUGUUCGUGCUUGUAAAAUUUGUUCGCGCAUUUGUGAAUUAUGUUAACAAUACGACAAACAUUGUGUAAAGUUACUAGAACGUUUCUAAUAAAACGUUGACGUAGAUCGUGAGUA